UCGUUUCCAUUUUAAUUUUGUGAUCCUUUUGACUCAUUUGUUCAAAAGAUCCAGUUUUUUUGCUUGAUAGAUUCUGCUCUGGUUUUAUUUUUGGCAUCUUGAUCUGGGUUUGAGUUCUUCCAUCAGUUGGGAUUAAAAGAUGCUAGCUUUGGAUUUGUAGAUGUAGAAUUAGAGUCUGUAAUGCUUUUAUUUCUGCUUUAAUUUUGAUUUUGACUGUGGUUGAUGAUUAAUUGGAAGCUAAAAAAGCAUCUGAUUUGAGCCGAUUGUUAUAAGCUUGUGAACAAAUAUGUUUAAACUGAUGCACCUGGUGAGCAGCUGAUUGAAUUGUUCUAUCCAGUCUCCAUUAUAAUGCAAAAGAAGAGUUCUUUUUUUGCUGUAAUGUUUUGCAAUCUUCACACCAUGAUGUUACUCAUCUUUGAUUUUCUUGUGCUUAGAGCACUGUCACUUUUGUCUUGGCGUUGUAGUUCUUAGGAUGAGCAUUAACAAUUGGAAGGGUCUUUCUAUUCAAUCGAUUUUGAUUUUUGUGUUUUCACUAUAUGAACAAUAUAUGUCAAUGUUCUACGAUGGCCUCAGAGCUUCUGGAGUCUCAGUUCUGCUAUGUUAAAAGGAGUAAUUAGAAGUGUUGUUAUAUACAUGUUUCGGAGUUCUCUUUAGUUACUCAUCCUGUGAUUUGUAUAGAUUGAACAGUUAGCUAAGACUUUGCAUACUUGGGGUCUGUUCUGUAACAUGUGACAAUUUUUACACUUUCUUGAAUGUUGCAGGUUUAAGACUUUAAAAACAAUGGCGGGAUUUCCAGGUUUUAGUUACCUUGGUCCAAAAAGCAAGAACACGGUUGUAGCGGGAGGAUUAACGGCUUUUGUUUUUGGGGUAUACUUCUACACAAUGAGGACUGUUGGUGGCACGGACAAACUUCAUGUGGCUAUUGACAAGUUCGAAGGCCAAAAACCAGUUGAGACCGACACCAAGGUUCCAUCUAAAGUCUAAUCCUCACCGGCUUGUUAUGUCCAACCAAACUCGUUGUUGUUUAUCUUUUGUCUUCAUAGUUCUUUACUUCA